GGAGCAGGCGGCGUCGCAGGAGGAGAGCGAGGACGAGAGCGAGGUGCUGGAGGAGAGCCCCUGCGGCCGAUGGCAGAAGCGCAAGGAGCAGACGGAACGCUGAGGCCAAGCAGCCUUCCAAGCCCGUCGGUGACCGUGGUGGAUCUGAACCCCUGCCGAUUACUUGCAGCCUUUCCCAGCCCGGAACCGGGCGCCCUCCCUUGCCUGGUCGGACAUCGCAGUCUGUAGACUGGACCGUUGAUUAUUGCUAUGGAGCUGCUGUUCAGGCUUAAUUUAUCCCACCAUAAACCCUGCGAGGUGAACCAGGGCAACUUGCCAGGGCUCCAGAGCACAUUCCUGGCCAUGGACACAGAGGAGGGUGUGGAGGUUGUGUGGAACGAGCUGCAGUUCACGGACAAGAAAGCUUUCAGGGCUCAUGAGGAGAAGAUCAAGACAAUGUUUGAGCAACUGGUUGUCGUUGACCACCCAAAUAUCGUGAAGGUUCACAAGUACUGGCUGGACAUAAAGGAAACCAAGGCCCAGGUGAUCUUCAUCACGGAGUAUGUCUCAUCAGGAAGCCUCAAGCAGUUCCUCAAGAAGACCAAGAAGAACCACAAGGCUAUGAAUGCCCGGGCUUGGAAACGCUGGUGUACGCAGAUCCUCUCAGCUCUCAGCUACCUGCACUCCUGCGAGCCCCCCAUCAUCCACGGGAACCUCACCAGUGACACCAUCUUUAUCCAGCACAACGGACUCAUCAAAAUUGGGUCAGUUUGGCACAGAGUCUUUGCAAAAGCCAUGCCGCCUGAGCUGUGCAGCCCCCUCCAUGCUGAGCAAGAGGAACAGCGAAACCUGCACUUCUUCCCCCCGGAAUAUGGGCAUGUGGCUGAUGGGACAGCGGUGGACAUCUUCUCCUUUGGGAUGUGUGCUCUGGAGAUGGCGGUGCUGGAGAUCCAAUCCAACGGGGAUACCUGCGUGUCGAAAGAGGCGAUUGAGCGGGCCAGGCACUCCCUGGAUGACCCCAACAUGCAGGAGUUUAUCCUUGGCUGCCUUCUCCUGAACCCGGAUAAGCGGCCAACAGCCCACAACCUGCUCUUCCACCGUGUCCUCUUUGAGGUCCACUCUCUGAAACUCUUGGCUGCUCACUGCUUCAUCAGCAACCAGUACCUGUGGCCUGAGAAUGUGGUGGAAGAGAAAACCAAGGAGCUGGACCUCACUAUAGUCAUGGCGGAGAUCCAGCGGGAGGGCCGGUCCCCAGUGCAGUGGAGAUACUCCGAGGUUUCCUUCCUGGAGUUGGACAAGUUCCUAGAGGACGUUCGGAACGGUAUUUAUCCCCUGAUGAACUUUGCCACCACCCGGCCCCACACGCUUCCAAGGUCCAUGUCCCAGCCCCCCGAGGAUUCCCAGAAAGCCAAGACCCCCACGCCGGAGCCCUUUGAUGUAGAGACAAGAAAGGUGGUGCAAAUGCAGUGCAGCGUGGAAUGGAGUGAAGAGACACGGCAGUGGCACCUCACUCUCCUUCUGGUCCUGGAGGACAAACUGCAUCGCCAGCUGAGCUACGACCUGCUACCAACGGACAACCCCAGGGAUUUGGCUGCUGAUCUUGUGCACUAUGGAUUCAUCAGUCAGGAUGACUGUGACAAGCUGGCCUUGUUCCUUGAGAAUGCCUUCCACAAGCACCAGUCUCCUCUCUCCUGAGUCACCCAUUCCAGCAACUUGGUCUGUGCAGACGGGCCCCAUAGAAGAAAGGCCAGGAGCUGGCUUAGGCACACCGAGGCUCCAGCCGCUCCCCUCUGCCUACGCUGACCUGAAGGACAAUGGCCAGGGGAGGUAGACACAAGGCGGCUGCUCCACCCUUCAGACAUGGCCUGAAGGCCAAGAAGAACCAGGCAGGGCUAUGACUUGGUGCCAGCCGAGGUUACACCUGGAACCGAUUUCUGCCAGUGUCCUCCCUUCCCCUCCCUUGGAGUGGAUGCAGCUCCUGCUGGGAGUGGGCAGGCAGGCGGAGGAAGCGCAAGCUUGGAAGAGCCCCCCCUUGUGUGGCCUGGCCCCCCGCAUGGCAUACAUUGGCUCCACUUGCUCCGCCACAUGCCCUGGGCAGUGGCCUGACCUGAUGGACGGACCUGGCAGCAGAUGGCGAGACUCAGAGAGAUGAUGAGGCCAAGCUCCAGAGGCCUUGGCAAGUGUGGGCCAUGCCUGCUGCAGAGCAUGGGAGGCCAAGAGGAAGUGCCAGCACCUUGCCCUUCCCAGCAGGGCCAGGCUAUGGAGGUGGCUGAGCCACUUGUGCUUGCCUUCCCUCCUGGCUGAGUGGGAAUUUGAACACAGGUCCCCCCGGUAAGGAGCCGAGGCCCAGGAAUCCUUCAUUUCACAAGCAGCUGCUUCUCUGACCACCUGUUCAGGUGUGCCGUGACCGGUGCUGGUGCUCAGCCGCUGUGCUACAUUGCUUUGGUCGCUUCUGGCGCUGUGUGGGUCCUGCUCUUUUGUAGCAUGUUGUGUUUGCCGCUUGCGUCAUGCUGAGCUGCAUGCCAUGGAUACUUCUUGCUGGCUGCGCCACCCCCACCCAAUGUUUCCUACCUUGGCUUGGCCAGCAUCUGCGAUAGCAACCACUAUAUUGCUAUAUUAAAAUAUAAUGAGUCUCUUGGGGAACUGAAGCCUUCUGUGUCUCUGACAACUGGCCUCUUUCCAAGCAUUACCGUCUGUGCAAGAGGGUUAGGGUGGGACUGGCCUCUGGGCAGGCCCAGCUGAGGGGCUUCCCCACUUCCUGUCCCUUGUGGAGCCCCAGCCCAGCUGCCUGCCUCUCAUGCCAGCUGAAUGGUUUGUCCCAUGGGAAGAGUGCAAACAUCUCUUGUGAGGGGAGGCAUCAAAACCUAAAGCAGAGAGGGCCACCUCGUGGGGGUACUCUCCUUCUCCAGACCAAAAAGCUGCUCCAUCAGCACCCCACCCCUACAACGGGACCCCCAGCCCUUGGGUGCGUCUCUUGUCGUCUUCAGCCUUGCCGCUUACUUGGAUGGAGGCGGGGGAGGGGGGGAGCAGAAGCCGCUCCUGCGCUGCCUCUCUGGUGGGCCUUGCUGCUGCUUCUCUCUCUCUUACCGGCUGCCAGAAAGACAAAUCCAAGCAUGCUCUAGUCUAAGGUGAUGUUGCCUGCCAAGGCCCUGACCUUUCUGCAGCAAAUGCAUUCUGGCUUGCUGCUGCCAAAAGGGGAUGACGCUGGCUGUGUGACGGCGCCUCUCUUACAGCUGGGCUUGCUCCCAUGAAUGACGCAAUCCAAAGGCUCAACCUGUUCUUCCACACUGGCUCUCUGCUCCCCACUGCUCUUAGGCUUCUCUUGUCCAUGAGCCAAAACCUUAUUUCCAUGGAGAUAAUUGUGAGACCAUGGGCACAUCGGUCCAUCCCUUGGACUGACUUCAAGUCUUGGACUUAUGGCGACCCUAUGAAUAGGGUGUUCAUGGCUCUGCGUUCCUCCAGACAACCCAUUUGUUGAACAUUCAUCCUGAUUUGGGCAACAUCCACGCCACACAUGUAAAACACUCUUACACCACUUCAAUAGUCAUGACUUCUCCCAGCGACUCCUGGGAACUGUGGUUUGUUAAGAACAUAAGAAAUCCCUCCUGGAUGAGGCCAGUGGCCCAUCUAGUCCAGCAUCCUGUUCUCACAGUAGCCAACCAGAUACCUAUAAGAAGACCACAAGCAGGGCCUGAAUGCAAGAGCACUCUCCCCUUCUGCGGCUUCCAGCAACUGAUAUUUGGAAGCAUAUUGCAUUUGACUAUGGAGUCAGAGCAUAGCCAUCUUAAAUCGCUUGGACGGCCUUCAAGUCAAUCCCGACUUAUGGCAACCCUAUGAAUAGGGUUUUCAUGGUAAGCGGUAUUCAGAGGGGGUUUCCCAUUACCUCCCUCUGAGGCUAGUCCUCCCCAGCUGGCCAGAGCCUGCUCAGCUUGCCACAGCUGCACAAGCCAGCCCCUUCCUUGUCCGCAACUGCCAGCUGGGGGGCAACUGGGCUCCUGGGGACUACGCAGCUUGCCCACGGCUGCACAGGUGGCAGGGCACAUAACCCCUGCGCCACCCACUGUGGGGUGAUCUUUAGCUGGCCCUUGACACCCAGGAGACACAAGCGGGGAUUUGAACUCACAGACUCUGGACUCCCAGCCAGGCUCCUCCCCACUGGGCUAUACCAGCUCCAUCAAAUCAAGGCAAAAGGAGAAAACUCUACAUCCUGUACUGUCAUCUUCCCACCGAUGUUACCAUUUCUUAGCAAUUUCCCUUUGAAGACAUUUAACUUCUUCUGUAACAAAGGCAAGGAGACACCAACAGUUGGGCGCUGCAAAGCAUUCUUUGCAGUUAAAUCAACCAAUUUGUUCCCCACUAUUCCUACAUGGGCAUGUAUCCAACAACACCCAAGUCAGAUUCCCAGCCUUCAAAAUAAUCAACAGUUUCCCCAGGUUUUUUUUUCUGUGUUUGGGCUGUACAAUUCACCACUUCUACCAUAAAGGCUACAAAAAUGUUCCUUCUUAACAAGUAAAAGGUCAGCAUCUUCCACCCUCUUCCCUAAAAUUGAGUUAGCCACCAAGGAAGCUAAAGGGCAGGCAGCAACUUAAUCAACCCCCUUCUGCUCCUUCCAACACCCAGCAGCUGCUGCAUAAGACGUUCCCAGCUUCACCAGCAUCCCAGAACCUCCCAGCUGCUGGGUGACCGACCCCUAAACAUGGUACUAUGAGCUCCCCAACAAGUGCAACAUGCUGGAGUGGCAGAACCGUCACAAUGCUCAAAGGCGUGAGGACCUCCCCUCUUCCCACACCGUAUUCCGCCCCGACCCAGCAGGCACAUGUGCAAAAGCCUGGCACCGAAAGCAUCGCGGGGAGGGGAGACGAGGCCUAACCCUGAGAGCCUGACACCUGAGGAAUACCCGCUCUGGCAGCGACUGGAAGAAAGCCCUGCAGCUGAAGGGGCGCCACGCUCGCCCUGCCAGACCUCAAACGCUCCAUGUGGGCUACUCUUACACACACACCCCGCCCUCUUACUAUCAGCCUCAACCAUCUCACGGGCCCCUACUGCGGCUCCCAGCCCCCCCCCCGUUUCUCUGGUGGGCCUCUCAGGUUCCCCUGAAGACCCCAAAACUGGUCCCUGGCCAUGGUUUGAAGGCACAUAAGGCUACUUCCUUAGUGAAGCUAAGCAGGGUCAGCUCUGGCCAGUGCCUGGAUGGGAGGCCGCCUGGGAACUGUAUGGAAGCCGCCUUCGGUUUCUAGUAUGACAGGAGAGGCUAAAAUAAACACACAAUAAGUAAGUAUGACCGGCCCUCCGCCAGCCCUGCUCUCCUCUCCCGCGUCCCACUGAGCUGCCCCUCCUCGCCUUUCCUGCUUCAGCUACUCGGCCGCCUCCUUUCACAUCUGGGGCCUCUGAUUGGAUCACGAGGUUCCCUGGCUCCAGCUUCCCUGAUCAAAGGCCGCGGCAUCUCUCUCUCUCCCCCCCCUUAGCCGCCCCAGUGCUGCCGCCUUCUUUCUUUCUCUUCCCUCCGGCCUUCUCCGUGGUGGCUCCCAAAUUAUGAAAAGUUCUGCCUGACCUAGGUGCACCUGGUGCCAACAGUUAUUUUUUCGGCACCAGGUCAAGACUUUCCUCUUCUCCCAGGCAUUUUAGCAUGUGUUCUUAAAUUGCUUUUUAAAAGUGUUUUUAAAUUUGUAUAUUUGUUUUUAAUGCUUUUAAUUGCUGUAAACUGCCCAGAGAGCUUUGGCUAUGAAGCUGU